GUAAAGUAAGAAUUAGUAGAAAAAAUGCGAAAUGAUCUGGGAUAGUCCUAGUUAAAGAGGUAAUAGAUUGACGUUAUCUCAGAUACAGGGUCGAUUCCUAUAACAUUCUAAAAAACAAUUGAGCAAAAGUAUUCUUGUCAAUAAAGUCUCAGUUAAAGAGGUAAAUACACUCUUUGUCUCAAUUAUAGAGGUAAAUGUGACUAUAAAAUCCAAAAUACUCACUAACAGAGGUAAUUCACUGCUAAAGUGUCGGGACCGCACCAUGAGUCCCAGCUAUGAAGGUUUCUCACUUAUCCAGGUCCCACUUAACCAAGUUUCACUGUGUAUAAUCAAGCUUUUCAAUCUCCAUUAUAUCACGAUUGUAUAAAAUACUAAUUCGAUUGGCAUUAACGAUUGUCCCCUGUCUUUGUCCCGUUUUACCACAGAACAAAACUUUUGAGCCUUACGGAACUAACGGAACUGAGGUUGCUAGAGCUCAACAAGGAUGCGGAGUGUUAGAGUCGGCUACAUAUAUUAUAUGUAACACUCUGGAGUUGGAAGCGUCCAUAGGCUAUGGAGACUGCUUACCGUCAGGCGGGCCGUAUGCUGGUUUGCCUCCGAUGUAGAAUAAUAAAAAAUAAAAUUUAGUAACUAAAUAGACCUUCGCAGACAACACUUUGAGAGUUGCUGUUAUAUGCGAUUUAGUUUACCUUUUCUUAAUCUUGUAUUAUCUUUAGCGCUGAUUUAUGUAAUUGUAUUCUAUUAUAUUAUCUACAUAAUAUUUUAUCAACCAUGUACAUGUAUAUAAUAACACUCGUUAUUACCUGGCUUCUGCAAAGAUUAGGUCUAUAGCUAGUAUAUAUCUUUGCUCAGUGUGAACAUGUUGGCUGUAGCACUUGUUGUCCUUAUAGCAUCUCUCAUUUAUAUCUACGGUACGAGAAAUCAUAAGUAUUGGGCGGAAAGAGGCAUCAAACAUGACAAACCCUUACCGAUAUUUGGAAACGCGCUGUCCAAGUUCUUCCAAAAAAUCAGUCUCGCUGAUUUGUAUUCAGAGGCUUACAAAAAAUACCCCAAUGAAAGGUUCGUGGGGAUGUAUUUGGCCAACAAUGUCAUGCUGGUCCUAAGAGACCCUGAACUUAUAAAGCAUGUGCUUGUGACUGACUUUCAAUGUUUCCAUCCGCGAGGCUUACUUGACUUACUUCCGACGGACGAUGUACCAGAGCCGAUGAUGAGGAACCUUUUUCUGGCCGAUGGAGAUCUCUGGAAAUUGCUGAGACAGCGGCUGACGCCUGCGUUUACUACUGGAAGGCUCAAAGCCAUGUUUCCGUUGAUAAUUGAGAGAGCAGAGAAAUUACAGGACAUAGCUAUCGAAGCUGCCAAUACUGGUGUCGAAGUAGACAUUCGGGAACUCAUGGCUAGAUACACCAGAGACUUCAUAGGAGCUUGCGGCUUUGGCAUACACGAUGACAGCCUAAAUGACGAAAACUCUAUUUUUCGGCGACUCGGGAGGCGGUUGUUUACUCGGACAAAGCGAGAUGAUUUCGUGGCUAUAGUAAAGAUCAUGGCACCGAGCCUGUUUAAGAAACUCCACUUUUUAGUUCCUGAAAUCGAAGAGAAUACGAUGUUGUUAGUGACAAGUAUAUUAGAACAACGGAAUUACCGGCCUUCGGGGCGAAACGAUUUCAUAGACAUACUUCUAGAAAUCAAGCAGGAAGGGAAAAUUGUAGGAAAGUCUUUCGAGAAGGAUAAAGCUGAUGGAACUACAGAUGAGACUGAGUUGGAGUUAAAUGAAGUUAUGAUGGCGGCGCAGGUGCUAGUGUUCUUCGUAGCAGGGUUCGAGACGUCAUCGUUGGCCUCCAGCUACACGCUGCAUCAGCUCGCAUUCCAUCCUAAGGCGCAGAUAAAAUGCCAGGAGGAAAUCGAUGAAGUGCUAGGCCGAUAUGGGAAGCUAAGCUACGAGGCCGUUAAGGAGAUGAAGUAUUUAAAAAUGUGUUUCAGGGAAGCCAUGCGCAUGCACCCGCCCGUGGGUUUCCUGGCUCGCCGGUGUGUUAGUCGCUACACUUUUCCCGGCACCGGCGUCACCAUUGAUCCAGGCGUCGGUAUCAUCGUGCCCAUCGAUGCGAUGCACAACGACGAGCUAUUCUUCCAGGAACCAUAUCGGUUCUUCCCAGAGCGAUUUAGCCCUGAGGAUGAGAGUCAGAUCCCGAAGCACGUAUACUUGCCUUUCGGAGAGGGACCCAGAGCGUGUAUAGGAGAGCAGCUGGGGCUGAUGCAGUCGCUGGCGGGGCUGGCGGCGCUUCUGCAGCGCUGCUCCGUCGCGCCCGGGCACCGUACGGUCAGGAAUCCCGUCACGGACCCCGCAUCUACCUUAACGCAAACCCUGCUUGAAGGCCUCCCUUUAGUGAUACAGCGAAGGACUGAAUAAGUUCCGGGAAUAAAGAAGUUGCUGGUG